CAAACAAUAAGAGAAAUUCACAUAGGUAGUCCAAUCAAUUUAAUGCAAAUUCCAAAAAAAGAAACAAGAUUCUUUCAAUAUAUAAACACAUUUUGAUUUAAAACCAUGUCAUUUCAUUUUGAACAUUCAAAAAAACCAGAAAAACCAAAAAGAAAACCUCUUUUACUAUUUGCACCUCCAACACUAGUUUCAAACCUCUGCAAGAUUCUUACUCAUUUUCAUGGCCUACAAUGCUGAGCCAUAUCCCUAUACUUCAAGGAGAAGAGAUGAAUCAGAUUUCAAUCUGAGAGAAUGGUCAGUGAAAGGUAGAAUCAGUAGAGAGAACAACCAUUCCAAUUCUAGAAGGUUUUCGGGUUCUUAUAUGAGAAGCUUUAGAGAAGAUUCAAGGUCUCAAAGAUCAAAUUUAACUAUUUCUAGUACUACUUCUUCACCUGGUUACCCUUUUAAAGAUGAAAUUGAUCCUUCGACAUAUUCUUUCACCACGGCUCUUAAAGCAUUGCAAGCAAGGGUAAGCUAUAACAGUUGGGAGUGUUUAUCACCAGAAGGGUUUGCUUUGAAUUCAAAAUGGAAUGAAGCAGAAAAAUAUAUAUGCAAUCCACUUUCUGGAGAGGUUCCAAUGGAAUGUUUAUCAGCAAAAACUCUUAGUGGAAGAUCCUUUAGAAACUCAACAAACCGAAUCACAAUGUCUGCUCCUCUUGUUUAUUCUUCAAGACAUGUUCAAAUGAAACCAUCAAUUUACACACAUGAUGAUGUUUCUCUUCAAUUUCCAAUUCCAGAAAAGAAGAAAGAGGGAAUGACAAGAGAUGUGGGGACUCAAAGCACAACUCCUUAUCUAAGUUCAAGUAGUCCUAGCCCUACUUCAACUCCAUCUAUCAUAGAGAGGUCAAAAACUAGAGUUGUAGAUUCACCAAAUUCAAAUUCAAAUGCUAAAACAAAAUCAGAAGAAGAGGUUGAGGUGAAAGAUAAUUAUGAAACAUGGGAGACAACAAGUGAAAAGAAUGAGUGGAGAAAGAAACAAGAGAAGCAACUUUGCAAGCAAAUAGGAUGCUUUUCAUGGAUGAUGAUGAAAAAGAAAAGACAUAGAGAAAGUAAUAAAGAUGAUAAAGAAAGAACAACAUCUUUUUCACUCAUCACUUCAAAGGGUUGCUAAAGAAAAAAAAUGUGAUGAUUAAAAGGGUUGCAUGUACGUUUGAAUGAAUGAUGAUGGUUUUUGAGAUUCUCCAAUUUCACUUUCAUUUCAUUUGAGCUA